UGAACAGAUAAUAUACUAUAUCAGAUUUUGUCAUUCCCAAUGGUCUCAGACGCGCCCAAUGCGUGUGACCGACACGCUCCACUUUAUCAUUUACUUCAUUUUCCCCCUUUUUCACAUUCGUUCUCCAAAUGGGAAACCCUAAUCCCAUGAUUCGGCACUUCUGAUCGUUUGAAAAUUUAUCCUGUAUGAUCCCAAAUUCGGAAAACGUUCCAUAAACUUUUUCCCGAAGCUUAGGGUUUUGGAGAUGUACAAUAACGAAGAUGAAUUGCAAUUAUCCAUCUACAAACCCCUGACUUUCACCGGCGGCUGCAUGGAAAUCCGGCUGUUCUACGUCCGCGUCGCCCCCUGCGCGGUGGAAUGCCUCCCGGACCACCUCAUCCUCCGCCAUCUCCGCCGCGAGGCCGGCGUUUUCCUGGAAAUCAACGGCGUUCGCGUCCCCCCAUCCGACGCCGUUUCGGUCACGCUCCGCCGCGAUCGUUGCAGCAAGGACACCUCCGACGUCACGUACGUCAACACCGACAGCGUCAAAAUCUCCGGCCCCUUGGAAUUCGAGGUGUGCCAUGAAGAUGGAAAUGAAUUGGAUUUGAUCCUCUGCGGCUCGGUGCAGAGGGAUGAAUAUGAUGCUGCUCCGGCGGCGUGGUGUAGUAAUGGUGGUGAAUCAGUGAGCGAUUCUAAAAAUGGUUGGAAUAUGGAUUGCUAUGUGGCGAAUGUCACUGCAAUGAGUGGGAGGUCGACGUUUUUUCAGCCGAAGAUUGGUGUUUCGUCGCCCACGAUCGAGGUUUAUGUUGCGGGGUGCUGCUCAGGAAUGCCGGUUAUUUUGACGAAGAUGACUUUAGUCAGUCCAAGAAAGAAGGUGUUGAGGCAAGGGAUGCUCGAUGCGAUACCUGAGGAUGAGGAGAUAGGGAAGGAUAACACGAGUUUUAGCAACGAGUUGGUUCGGCAAAGAAGUUCACAGUUGAUGAAAGCAUGACACGGACGAUUACGACUCGGAUGGGAAGGUUAAACCAAACUAUUACUUAGAAGACAUGUAUUCUGUUGAAGAUGGCGAACUUUCGUGGU